GCCGCAGCCUUGGGGCGCUGGGCAGUCUUGCAGCGAGCAGACUCGAGCGGGCGACCCGGCGCCUGCCCGCCCUGUGCCGCCUCCGCCCCCGCUCCAGAGCGCAGGACCAGGCACCUCCAGCGCCCGCCGCCGCUGCCAAUGCGGCCCGGGCACUUUUAGCCAGACCGGAGGGCCAGAGAGCCAGGCUGCCCAGGGCAGCAAGCCCGCCGCGCCACCCGGAGCCGCGCGACCCGCAGCGAGCAGGGACUGACGCCCGCCAGCCACCUCCACCCGGCCGCUAUGGAUCUAUUCGACUUUUUCAGGGACUGGGACUUGGAGCAGCAGUGUCACUAUGAACAAGACCGCAGCGCACUUAAGAAAAGAGAGUGGGAGCGGAGGAACCAAGAAGUUCAACAGGAAGAGGACCUCUUUUCUUCAGGCUUUGAUCUUUUUGGGGAGCCCUACAAGGUAGCUGAAUAUACAAACAAAGGUGAUGCCCUUGCCAACCGAGUCCAGAACACGCUUGGAAACUAUGAUGAAAUGAAGGAUUUGCUAACUAACCAUUCUAAUCAGAAUCAUCUAGUGGGAAUCCCAAAGAAUUCUGUGCCCCAGACUCCCAUCAACAAAAAUGAACCAGGCUUUUUUCCAGAACAGAAGAACCGGAUGAUCCAACCUCACCAGGAUAACACCCACUCCUCAGCCUCGAUGCCUCCACCAUCUGUCGUGAUACUGAAUUCUACUCUCAUACAUAGCAACAGAAAAUCAAAGCCUGAGUGGCCACGAGAUAGUCAUAACACUAGCACUGUGCUGGCAAGCCAGGCCAGCAGUCAGCCAAACAAGAUGCAGACUUCCACACAGGACCAGCCUCAAGCCAGACUAGAAGACUUCUUUGUCUACCCAGCUGAACAGCCUCAAAUCGGCUCAGUUGAAGAGUCCAACCCAUCUUCAAAGGAAGAAAGCAACCCCAAGGCUGAUGGAGAAGAUGCUUUCAAAGAAAUCUUUCAGUCCAACUCGCCAGAACAGCCUGAAUUUACAGUGCAAGCACCUGGGUCUCCCCUGGUUGCUUCCUCUCUGUUAGCUCCAAGCAGUGGCCUUUCAGUUCAGAACUUCCCUCCAGGGCUUUACUGCAAAACAAGCAUGGGGCAGCAAAAGCCAACUGCCUAUGUCAGACCCAUGGAUGGCCAGGACCAGGCACCGGACAUCUCUCCAGCACUGAAACCUUCCAUUGAAUUUGAGAACAGCUUUGGGAAUCUGUCAUUCGGAUCACUUUUGGAUGGAAAACCCAGUGCAGCCAGUUCAAAGACUAAACUGCCAAAGUUCACGAUCCUCCAAACAAGUGAAGUAAGCCUUCCCAGUGAUCCGAGCUGUGUUGAAGAAAUCUUGCGGGAAUCCCAGCAUCUGACUCCGGGAUUCACCUUACACAAGUGGAGUGACCCAACCAGCAGAGCUUCUACAAAGAUGCUUGAAGAUGACCUAAAGCUGAGCAGUGAUGAGGAUGACCUUGAGCCUGUGAAGACCUUGACCACUCAGUGCACAGCCACGGAGCUCUACCAGGCUGUGGAAAAAGCAAAACCUAAGAAUAAUCCUGUGAACCCACCCUUGGCGGCACCUCAGCUCCCACCUGCACUGCAGGCCAGCGGGGGGUCUGGCAGCUCCAGCGAGUCAGAGAGCAGCUCCGAAUCAGACUCUGAUACCGAAAGCAGCACCACUGACAGCGAGUCCAAUGAGGCACCUCGAGUGGCCACUCCAGAGCCUGAGCCACCCUCAACCAACAAGUGGCAGCUGGAUAAAUGGCUUAAUAAGGUGACAUCUCAGAACAAGUCAUUUAUUUGUGGCCAAAGUGAAACACCUAUGGAGACAAUUUCUCUGCCUCCUCCAAUUAUCCAGCCAAUGGAAGUCCAGAUCAAAGUGAAAUCAAAUCCCAGUCAGAUAUUGGCUGAACCCAAAGAAAGGCCUCUCCUGAGUCUCAUCCGGGAGAAAGCCCGUCCUCGGCCCACCCAGAAAACUCCAGAAACAAAGGCUUUGAAGCAUAAGUUGACAGCGACUAUUGAGACAGCUUCUCAAAGGACAAUGGGGAAGAAACAACCCAAAAAGGUUGAGAAGAACACCUGCAUUGAGGAGUUUACCUGGCCUAAACCAAAUAUUACCAGCAGCACUCCCAAAGAAAAAGAAAGUGUGGAGAUUCCUGACCCACCACGAAGCCGCAGCAAAGCCACUGCCCACAAACCAGUCCCUAGGAAAGAACCAAGGCCUAACAUCUCCUUGGUUGCUGAGAAGAAGAAGUACAGAGGGCCUGGCAAGAUUGUGCCCAAGUCUCGGGAAUUCAUUGAAACAGAUUCGUCUACAUCUGACUCCAACACCGAUCAGGAAGAGACCUUGCAGAUCAAAGUCCUGCCCCCUUGCAUGGCUCCUGGAAGCAACUCUGCAAAAUCCAAGGAGGCCUGUGGUGCCAGCCUGACCUUCAGCACCUUAGUCAGCAGCAGCGGUGGCGGCGGCAGCAGCAGCAGCAGCAGCAGCAGCAACAACAACAGCUUGUCCAGCAGUAAUGAUGAGCCGUCUUUCUCACCAAUUUCUGCCAUGCAUACAGAUCUACUGUCCCCUCUUCGAGAUCACGAGAAUCUGAAAAAUCUCUGGGUGAAGAUUGACCUUGACUUAAUUUCUAGAGUACCUGGCCACAACUCAGUUCAAGCCGCAUCUGCCAAGCCAGACCAUAAGGAAACUGCCUCAAAGCCUAGACGUCAGGCUGGUGCCACAACCAUGGAGAAGCCAGCCCCCAAAGGCAAGCGUAAGCACAAGCCAACAGAAGCUGCAGAGAAAAUCCCGGAGAAGAAGCAGCGCCUAGAGGAGGCUGCCGCCCUCUCCUUGCUUCCUCCAUGCAUCUCACCAGCCCCACCGCACAAGCCUCCCAGUGCUCGAGAAAAUAAUUCAUCAAGGAGAGCAAAUAGAAGAAAAGAAGAAAAACUCUUUCCUCCUCCGCUUUCCCCACUGCCAGAGGACCCUCCACGCCGCAGAAAUGUCAGCGGCAAUAAUGGUCCCUUCAGUCAAGACAAAAACAUCUCCAUGACUGGACAGAUCACCUCUACUAAACCUAAGAGAAGCGAGGGCAAAUUCUGUGCUACAUUCAAAGGGAUAUCUGUAAAUGAGGGAGACACUCCGAAAAAGACUGCCUCUGCCACCAUCACUGUCAACAACACUGCUAUUGCCACUGCCACUGUCACUGCUACUGCCACUGUCACAGCUACUGCCACCACUACUGCCACGGCCACCACUACAACUACCACCACUACUAUUUCCACCAUCACCUCUACUAUCACUACUGGCCUCAUGGAUAGCAGUCACCUGGAGAUGACAUCCUGGGCAGCCCUGCCUCUUCUGUCCAGCAGCAGCACUAAUGUCCGGAGACCCAAGCUCACUUUCGAUGACUCGGUUCACAAUGCUGAUUAUUACAUGCAAGAGGCUAAGAAGCUGAAGCACAAAGCCGAUGCACUGUUCGAGAAAUUCGGCAAAGCUGUGAAUUAUGCUGAUGCUGCCCUCUCCUUCACCGAAUGUGGCAAUGCCAUGGAACGUGACCCUCUGGAAGCCAAGUCCCCAUAUACCAUGUACUCCGAGACCGUGGAGCUGCUCAGGUAUGCAAUGAGGCUGAAGAACUUUGCAAGCCCCUUGGCUUCUGAUGGAGACAAAAAGCUGGCAGUACUAUGCUACCGAUGCUUAUCACUUCUCUACUUGAGGAUGUUUAAACUGAAGAAGGACCAUGCUAUGAAAUACUCCAGAUCACUGAUGGAAUAUUUUAAGCAAAAUGCUUCAAAAGUUGCACAGAUACCAUCUCCAUGGGUAGGCAAUGGCAAGACCACUCCUUCCCCAGUGUCUCUCAACAAUGUCUCUCCCAUCAACGCAGUGGGGAACUGCAACAAUGGCCCUGUCACCAUCCCGCAGCGCAUUCACCACAUGGCCGCCAGCCAUGUCAACAUCACUAGCAAUGUGCUUCGCGGCUACGAGCACUGGGACAUGGCUGACAAACUGACAAGGGAGAACAAAGAAUUCUUUGGCGAUCUGGACACACUAAUGGGGCCUCUGACUCAGCACAGCAGCAUGACCAAUCUUGUCCGCUAUGUUCGCCAGGGACUGUGUUGGCUCCGCAUCGAUGCCCAUUUGUUGUAGUGGGUGCUCGCUCAUCUCUAGCAUCACCACCCAUCACUCUACCUCUACCAGCGCACUGACGGUCACUGGUGGAACUCCAUUCACUUGGGAAAGUUCUCUUUGGUUAUGUUUUUUUUUAUGCUUCUUUUGAUAUCUGUGAAAAGCUGAAGUCAUUGUAAGUGGACACUACAACUUGGGAGCAGUGUAUGUUUUAUUAUUUUUUCAGUAUUUGAUAUGUUUUUCUUAGAUCCCAGCAUCUUUUUGUGCUUCAUGGAAUGAUAGUCCCUACAUUAUUAUUUUCAGUCCACACUACCCAAAACAAAGAAUGAGAAGCACACGUAAUGAAAACAGGUUCCUAAGAAAUGAAACAAAUGGUCUUAUUGUAGAUGAGAACUUAGAUACAAGGGACCUGCCAAGAUUUGCGGCAAUAGUCAGCCGCAAGCUCUACUCCUAUGUCCAGAAAAGAAUGUGUUUAAGAAUCCACUGUUAAACUUUUGUGGUUCCCAACAGAUUCAAUCUUCAGGUGAGAAUUCUUAUUGUCAAAAUCCACUGGAUAGAUGCUGUAGCAAGACCAUAUCAAGAAAUACAAGGGCAUAGCAAUACUGCUCUUGAAAUGAUGCUAUGCCUUGCAACCAGAAGACUUUUUUUCUUAGCAGAUUGUUCCUUAUUUACUUCUUCUUCUUCUUCUUUUUUUUAGAUUUUAAUGUUAUGAAGGAGGGAUGACCUUUAUUUUGACAACUUUAAAGCAUCAGCUGUAUUAACAGUGUUUGAAUUCCAUGAUUUAAAGUUUAAAUCCUCAUGGAGAUCUUCUGUGUGCUAAGCUCUUCUUUAGAGGCAAAGUUUGGUGGUUGCAUGCCUUAGUAACCAAUUGCCAGUCUUUCCUGCGAGAUAAGAGAGGUCCGGAAAGUGUCCGGCGUGGAAUUCACACAUCUGCCUACUUUGUAGUCAGUGGCAUGUUGGUAACUAGCUGGACUCUUAAGCUGUAUCUUGCUCAAAUCUAUGGAAAGAAAGUCGAAUUAUCACUGCUGGAAAAUAAUAAUACACAAUUUUCUUUCUAGUGGUUUUAAAAUUGGACUUCCCCAAUUAUGGUCCACAUUUUCUAUUUUCAGAGUUUCUUGUACUCUCCUUUCAUUUUUCCUCAUAUCUUUUUUUCUUUACUUUCCUUUUUUCUGACUCAUUAGCUUUUGAUUGAAACAUCAUCACUGAUUUUUUUAAAUUUAUGUUGCUAUGGUCAUGUACAUACAAAGUCCAAAGAAAACUCCUAACUGUAAGUAGUAGCUAACCCUAAAACAAUGUGAUUCUUGGGGUAAUGCUUCACCCUGUGGGGCUUUGAAAGAGCCCCAGUGAUUGGGAACAGCUCACCUAAUUUGGAGACCUUUUCCUAUCAGUUACAACUGUCUCCCCUCCUUAUGGUUCCCUACUUUCAUCUCUGUCCCUAAGCACCACCAUGUAAAUAUCAUCUUUGCUGUUCCAGCUCACCAGAAGCAUCCCCCACUUGUAGGAAACACUAUCAAUACAUUAAUUACUUGUAAUUACCUGCUGGCACAUAAUUCCAUGUAGCUUUUAAUCUGCUGAGUUAUUGAAUUCUGUUCACUGAGAUAUGACCAGAUAAAUAAUAGAUAUGCACAUGAAAAAUGCAAACUUGUAUGAUUUUCAAGCAAGUCAUGCAGGUCUAUGAUAAAAACAGCAGGUGAUCACUCUGCACUCUCAUUGUCAAGGUUAGAUAUAUUCCAGUUGCAAAAAGAGCCAGACUUGAGCUGUGCUCUGGUCAUCUUUGAGUUUAAGGCCCUUUGUUGUAUAAUAAGGUUAUGGAAGUUGUACUCCAAUGGCUGAGACCAUGCUGUUAAUAUGGCUGAUGGGAGUGUUGCAGCAGCUGAACCCUGCACUUUUGAGACUCCCAAUGUAGUUGAGAUUCACAUUUACAGUCUCAACAACACUUGAAUACACAUGCGCACAUACAUACACACACAUGAGCACAUACAGAUGAAGCCAGAAAGAAUCUUUUCUGAGCCUCUUGGAGGAAGAUAUUCAUAUGAGAGUCUGAACACCCAAGGCGGGUGUGACAUAUCAAAAUUAAGCUGAUGACUUUGCAGUGACUCAAGCUCUCUGGUUUCCAUAGCUGACCAGGUGGAGCGCCUGGCUGUUACUUUCUCAUGAAACCCACUGGCUUGACUUGUAAGCUAAACCUAGACCAUGAUCCUAUUGUAUCAUGGAUUUAGGACCUGAUUCUUCUUGAAAUUCCAAAUCUCUGCAAACUAGACACUAGAAUGCUAAGGGCAGUUUCCCAGGGAAACGAGCAUAGUGCCUCACAGACGAAAGACUUGCAGCUCUAGUUUCAGUAACUUGUUACAUCUACUUACACACAGCAGGGAGGUGAGAGGAGUCUCUGCCAUCUCUGGUGGCUGAGUGUAAAGUGUGUGCUAAGUCACUAGCACAGUUAUCAAAUCUGACAGCCAAGCUCUGACUCACCACCUGAUUAUUUAGUAGGACCAUUUUUAAAGCAGCUUAGAAACCAAUUAAACAUGGAGAAUGGAUUUCCUUCCUAUCCCUGGAGAUGAGACAUCUCAGUUUCAUGAUGAAGGAUUGUUGCUGUUUUCUAGGUUCUCUGUUCAUCACGUGAUAAAUGGUGAUAUGUGUUGUGGGUGUGCAGCUAUUUGAGGGAUGAGGGAUUAAGACAUUUUGUCACAUGAAUCUUUUCAGCAUACCUGCUUGUGGGAGGGACACAGGACAUAUGGAUAACAGUGAGAUACCCUGAUGGAGGCUUGGUGAAACACAUCGCAAGAAGCGUGUGGAGGUAGGGUAAUGGGCAGAGCAAUGGGCUUCUGUCUCUACCUGAACAAAGAUGAACAAUCUCAGCCCUGCCACAUGACCCAGGUAGGGCCACCGCUAUGCCUUCAUUUCUCACCCAAGCUCCAACCACAGAAAGUCUGACAAGUUUGUGUUAUGAUGUUGGCUUGGCAUUAUAUUUUUAAUUAGCUUUGGAUUUUUUAGUGGUUUUGUCAUAUUACUGUCUGAGUUUGGUAGGUAGGAUUAAUUUGAAAAGACUUUAGUAGUGUGGUCCUUGGGGUAGACUUUAGCUAUAAGCAUGUUGUUAGCCAGCCUAUAGACUGUUAAUUGCUUAAUAAUCUCACUGGGAAAGUACUAGUAGUUUUAUAUUUGGGUGACGUAAUUGGAAAAGGAGAUUAGCUCUUGUUACUUUGAGAAUCUUGAGGUUGGGAUGCACUGUCUUCCUGCAUGAUGAGAGGAAAAGAUCCAAACAGUUGCUCAGUAACCAAGUUGCAACAUUAGAAGCCACUGGCUGAAAUGCAUUUUGUUGAACUUCCAAAUGGAUGCCUUUUCAUUUGGACUGUACACUGCUGAGUGCAUUGGAUUUGCUCUGCACCGGAAGGAUACUUGUUCUGUGGCAGCUUUCCUGAAGGUGUCUAAAUUUCAUUUUCUUCUACUCAGAUUUGCAUCUCAGAGGUUGAUGUUGGAGUUUGAAGUUGGAAAGCAAUUCUGAAGGCAGACUCAGUUGAGUUGCGAGGGUGAAGCCCUCACGUACUUCUGAACAGAUGUAAUGAAAUUCACCUGCAUGAGUUGGUGGGUGGGAGAACCAAACUGGAUUGCUGGGUAGGACUACUCAGUAAAGGAAUGAACUCAUUACUUAGAGAGGCAUCACUAUCCCCAUUGAGAAAAAUGUGUGGCCAGAUGAGAUAGCUACACAAUAUAAACAAGUUGGCUGAUUCAGCGCUCCCCAAUUCAAUUUUGUGGGGAAAAAGUAUUGAGCCAGUUGUCAGUGUUCUGUUACAAAACUGACAAACUGAAUUCUUUGUCGUCGUUGUUAUCGUUAUUGUUGUUGUUGUUGUUGUUGUUUCUCAUUUCCACUUGCACAGCCUUAUUCUCAUAAUUAAACUCUGACUCAUUUUCUCUUUGGUGUUUGCAAACUCCAACAACAGAAAUGGCAUCUGUGUAUUGGUAAUCAGCAUUCACCCUGGCAGGAGACUAAUCAGAUAGACUCGUCUCAGACAUUAGUCCUAUCAUCUGAUAGUUCCAGGAAAAGAAAACAUGAUAAUUCCCUUGCCAUUCUCCUCCUCCCAAAUCCAGAAGCCCUCUUUACCAAGAGCAUCACAUUUUUCUCUGUAAUCUAUUGACUAAAAGAAAAUUGUUGUGGGGAAAG